UUAUUGAUUAUUCUAUUUAGGCUGGUAGAGAACUGAAACCAUUGGUAAUAGAGAUGUACAUCAGAGCAUUAACAAGUGAUAUGAAUGAAUUAGAGCGACAGAAAGAUGGCAAUGAAACGGAAAAAGCCACAGCAACCACAUCCAGAUUGGCAGAAGCUUUUUGUAACCUAGCCGACUUUUUGGAUGAGCACGUUAAAGUGGCAAGAGAGUGUGUUUUAACGGCUUUCAGUUUAGAACCCACCAAAGAGCGUUUAGCAAAAAUCGAAACGUUGGCAAGAAGAAGUGGAUUUCAGGUUUUGGAUACAGGGCAAGAGUGGAAAUGUAAAUUGCAUCCACCUGUUCUACCAACUGAUGAAGUUACAUGGAUUUGCCCUGAAUGUGGGGAUUGGAUGUCUAAGCCUGAUUUCAAUGCUCCCAUCAAAAUAAAUAUGGCUCUUAAUGAAGCCCUUCAAAAUUCUGUUCUAGGAAUUUCUGAAGCAUUAUGUGAUGAUCUUGUUGUGUGUUUAUCAAACCCUCGUUAUCAGAUUCUCAGUUGGUUUUUACCAUGGGAUGAUUUACACAGACUCUGUAUAAUGUAUUCACAAGAUUCUCAAACAACCAAGAAUUUUGUAACAGAACUAAAAUUUGUUGAUAUUGAUUAUUCUAUAUUCAAAGGUAUUAAACGUGAACCCAUGGAUGAAUUAGCAGGAAUUGAAAGAGGCUAUGAACAAUAUUUGGAUCAUGACUUUGUUUCUGAUGAUGACUCAUCUUCUAACAGUGAAGACUCAAUGUCACAAGAUUCGCGCCCUUAUAGUUUGGGCAGUGAUGGUGCUGGAGAAGGACCACAUUCAACGAUGCUCCUACCACAAACAAAAUCUGAUCCAAAUACUUUGAAAAGCCUUAGAAUGUUCAGACCGAGUCUAAAGAGAUCAAGAGAUAAAGAACUCGAUGAAGUAACUCCUAAAAAGUUGUUCAAGACAGACCCAAAAACUGCUAGUGACAGUUCAACUAUGAUCUCUAGUGGUGAAAUGAAUACAAAAACUAAUACUAAUGACAGUUUGAGUCAUUUUUUGAAUAGUGUUUCCUGUACAGACUUGCCUGCAAUUCAGUAUCCACCGUCAAGUAUUUCAUCGAUGGAUAAGUCUAAUAAUAAUGGUUCUCAUUCAAAAAACGUAAAGACUGCCACGUUGCCUCGACUUGGUGGGCAGGUGGCGAAGAAGGAAAUCACAACAAUCCAAGUAAACAAACAACGACCAACUCCCUCUCUUCAAAAGAAGGGACUUCCUUCUCUCUCGAUAAAUUUAAUACAAGCAAUCAUUCCCCAAAAGCAAUGUGCUUACAACAGCAAAAUGGCAACUGCAGAAACACAUCCCAGUCAGAAAUCACAAAACAAGCUCUCACUGAAUUUUUUGAGAGAAAGCAACAGACUCAAAAAAGCAGGCAGCAAGUGUCAGGAUUUUUCUCUUGUCAGUCAGAAGUUUCCACUGGAUCUGAAACAAAAUACAGAUCAGAAACAAACAAGUUCAUCCAUCAUGAGGAGUUGUCCAAAGAAAUUGUCUGUCAAGUUGGAAAGACUGAGAGCGGAUCAGAUCCAAAGUAUGAUGAGACAGAAAUUGCAGAACAAACUAUCAGAAACAGUUCAACGAUCAGAAAAAAUGCAACCCCCACAGAUCACCUCUCAAAGUACUCAAUAUCUUGGUCAAAGCCAGGUUCACAAGUCAGUUUCUCCAGAGAAGCAGGAACCGAACGAGAAUCAAUUUCAGAAUCGACUAGAUUCACCUCCAAAUCUGGAUCUGUCUCCAGUGGCAUUAGUCUACCAAGAAAAAUUACCGAACAAGCCCUUUGGCCCGAGGCCGUUUGCAAAAAAUCCACUGGAUACGGCCAUUCUGGAAAUGGCAAUAGUCGAGAGGCCUCUUCUGAAAAGUUUUACCCAAACUUCUCAAGUUCUAACGUCUCCAACGAAAAAAAACACAUCUGUCUCGAAUCAACCUCAGGAGGGCAAUUUGAUACACCAACAGGAUCUGGAUUCGGCACAAUGCCUGUCAGUCAAGCAAGACCAGAUACAAAAAACCAAGUUACCUCCCCCAACUCCUCUGAAAAGCAUGUCUCCAAAAAAUUCUCGACAAGUUCAAGACAGCAUGAUUUGCCAAUCUCAUUUGAAGCAUUCGGUCAAUCUAGAACAGUCACAAGCUACUCAAGUGCCCCAAACUUUGAAAAACAGGUCCUCUCAGCAGGAACAAAUUCCAAACGAAUCAGUUCACCAACCCAUUCUGGAACAGAAACAAAACAGUGUAGUCAAGCAAGAACAGUCUCAAACUACACAGUUACUCAGCACCCCAAAAUUGAUAUGCAACUCUCCCCAAGCUCAAAAAUCAAUUCAAGACAAUUCAUUGCACCAUCCCAAUCUGGACCAGAAACCAAACCAUUCAAUCAAGAAAGAUCAGUUACCCAAACUUCACCAGUCACAACCAUUAACCUGUCCAGAAGUAUCACACACCAUAACACAGACCUUCGAUUGCACCAAAAUGUUGAAUCUAUCAAAACAAUUGAGCACUCAGAAAGUGGUAGAGCAAAUUCAGAAACCAUUAGAGAGUUACUGCAAAGAGCCGCAGAAGCAACCAAUUCAAGAAACUCCAUUAGUCAACAGUUAUCCUGCUCUACAGAAGUUGCUUUGCAACUCGGUUCACAUACCCAGUCUGAAGAAACCAUUAGCCCAAGAAGAAGUAAUGCAAACCAGUUGUUCUCUACAGCCCCAAAAAUCGGAAAGCAACUGUACUCAAUCUCCCAAAUUGGAGCAAACAAAAAAUCAACAAGCCAAUCAAAAAGAAGUUCUAGAGAAUCAGAGGCCCUUCGAGAACAAAUCCAAAUGCUUCAAUCAAGAUCUGAAUCAAUUGUCCAGUCUAGAAAAUGUAAAAGCCAGUCUUCCUGUGCGUCCACUACAAUCGCAAAGUAUUCCCCAUCAAGUUCCCCACACAGAGGACUUACAGUCACAGAUGAUCACCAAAGAGAACGAGAAUUGCAAGGAGAUGGAAACAUGUCAAGAGAAAAAGAAACCUCAAAAGAAAAACUCUGUUCAACAUAUCAGCCUGGGACAGGAACCGAUUGUAAAACGAACAAAGUUAGAAACCAAUCAUAUUUCCUGUCAACAGCAAUUUCCAAACAGUAUAACUUCAUUACCUCAACCAGAACCACCACAACGCCUAAUCAAUCAACAACAACCACAGGAGAACUUAAUAGUAUCAUCCACCUGCCCCAAAUCCAAUUUCGACCAGUCAUGCAAAGUAAAGAACAACCUAGAAAAACAAAUGACACAACCAAAAGAGCAAGUCAGUCCCAAUCAGAAUCAAUUGCAAAACAACUCUUGCAGUUUGCCCAAAGCUCCCAGUCUCUCUCUCAAUUCAGACAAAUUGCAGACCUCGAAAUCCAUCAAAAACCAUCCAAAAAUCAGUUCAAAACAGAACUUGGACAAGGCUUCUGUUCAAAUGACACCCAAUCAAAACGUUGUAUCACUGGUUUGUCCCAAAGUGGGCAAAGUCCCGUGCACACCGACAAAAUCCAACCAAAAUAUCAGUAUGGAAGCCGAGGUUCUGCCCAAUCUGGACAGAUUUCAGCCCAGUUGUACCAGACUUCUGAAUCCAGAGAUAGAAUCUCACAGUCUGGACAAACUACAAGCCAGGUUGUGGCCGGGCUUGGAACAAGCAGACAAGGUCAUGGUCAUCAAAUCACAGGAGUUCAAGGAAGUCAAAGCAGUAGACAAAACAACACAGACAUCGGACAGCAAAGAAAGCCCGUUAAGUUGUCUAGAGCACAAGAAGAAUUCUUGUACUUCGUCGGAAAUUAUGGAAAGAAAUGAGUAUACAAGCAAAUGUGAUAAAAUUGUGGCCGAACUAGAAGAAAUAUUGAAGUGCAAUAAAAAUGAGAAAAUUAACGUUAUGAAAAAUGACAGUAAUCAUGUUGUUAAGGAUGAAAGCCUGGGAAAUUUGAAGAUUGCCAGUAAGCUUCAAAUAACAUAUGAGAACUGGAAAGAUGUUAAGACUACAAAUGGUGGUUUGGAACAGAUUGCUCAAAGUAAAUCAAAUUCAGUUGAUUGGUUGGAAGUCACUAAUGGGAUUUUCUCCGACUUAAGUGAGAACAAAUCCGAAGAAUUAUUAUUUCAAAGUGGUAUGGAUCAUGCUACUUCAACGGAAAGUGCUAAAAUGAUAAAAAAUAGUCAGCCUCUUGAGGAAUUACCAAAGAAUUUCAAUUUAACUGAGAAUAUCAGAACAUAUACUAAAAAAUCAAGGAAAGCACUUUUAGUGGUAAAUAAAGACUGCAUUAAAGCACUGACUGGUGAUGAUGUAUUGAACUUUUGUAAAAAUGUAAAUAAUAUUAAUAAACUACAUUCCAAUGUACAAAAUUCCUUGACCAAUAGUAAAGAGUUGAAAAUAAUCCUGUGUCGGUUAUCUUCGAAUAAGAAAAUGACAGCAAAGACUAUGUCAAAUAAUAAAGAAGAGUACUGUAGUAUCAAAAAUAAAUGUGAUAGAGGAAAAACUCCUCCUAAAAAUUCUAGAAAACGGUGGAAUAUGGACAAGUCUGAAAACAAUGUUGAUGGAAAAGCACCAAAUUCAGUACAAAACCAUGGUCUUUCACCACUUCAAGAUAUUAAUCUCAGAACCAAUCCUAGAGUGCAUUCUAAAGUAGCAUGUUGUGAAUUGAAUGUGUCAAAUACAACAGAAGAUCUCAAAGCACAUUGUACCCUAACAGAACAAAAUUCCGUUAGUAAAAAAAACUUGGCUAAAACUUUAUUGGCCAAUGUCCCUGGAUUGAAUGAUUUUCGAAUGAUGAAACCGUUGAAUGUUGAUCAGAUAGUUAAUGUCGUUCAAGUGUCUGGUGGUAGACCAACUCAGAAUGUACCUAUACAAAAUUCUCAAACAAGCACACAGAUCACUCCUCAUAUUCAAAGAAUUGGGCAGCCAAGAAUAAGUAGUGAUCAAAAACCUGAACAUUCCAAUUCUGUGACUGUGACAACAAACAUAACAACAACAACUACCGCAAGGACAACAACGUCUCAACCUUCUACACUUAUUAAUAUACUCUCGCAACAAAUAAUUCGGCCAACAUCUUCUCAAGCCAACACUUUGCGACGACAGGCUCCCUUGAUAAACAUUUUGUCACAGCAAAUUAUAAGGCCAUCUUCAACUGCAAAAACCACUAAUAACACAACUGUUCCAGUAGCAGAAACUAAUCAGGUCAAACCUGUUAUUACUAGUGAACCUACUGUUAUUAACCCUGGUAAUAAUGCAGCUAAAAAUUCAACUUCCACUGUUAAGAACACUAAUUCUAUCAGUGCUGGUCAAGGAGGUACCAUUCUCCAGUUUAUCUGCAAAUCUUCUUUGCCGAAAUUUCAACAGGCAUUUGGAAAAACUGUUUAUCAAAAUAGUGCUGAGUCCCCAGAAUCUGUAGCAGCAACUACAGAUACGACAGCAAAUGUAACUGACAUCAAGAAUAAUGUUAGUAAAGCUGUACCUGUGAACGUUCAACCUAUUCAGGGUAGUGUUAUAUAUAGUAGACAAGUUCCUGUUGGACAAACUAUAAGUUUAAUACCUCCAGGUGGAACAACACGCCAGGUUUUCAGAAUUGCAACUUCAAAUCCUGACCAAAUCAGCCUUGUUAAAGAUAGUGUUAUCCAUAGCAAAAUGAGUGCUCUUUUGGCUGCUGCCUUACAAGGAAGGCAAAAGAAUGCUGAAGGAGAACUCCAGGUGAAUUGUGAUGAAGGUAAAGGUGCUCCUAUAGCUCGUCCCGCGUUGAUGCAGAGUGCUAGAAUAGUAAAACCAGUACAGUUGCAUGUACAAUCUAAUGCAACCAGAGCAACACCCCAGACAAACUUGAGUUCUACUACCUUAGAACAACUUCGUGAGUUUGAUAUGGUAUACAAACAAGUGACAGAAAGAAGUAGCACUACCACAAGUGAAACUGGCAGUGUAACCAGUGAAAACCAAGAAGUUACUCAGCAGAGAAUUAGUGUUACCUACGUUAACCAAUUACAGAAGUACACACCAUUAUCUCCUGUUGUUGUUGUUCCUAGCUACAGUAACUUGCAACCUGCUGCUUCUCCAGCAUUGAGUGUUACUUCUCAGGGAAGUUCAAGCCCUUCUGUAACUCCUGCAUCAACUCCCACUUUACCUAAAAUGUCUACAAAGACAUCCAAAGGCAAGACCUUGAAAAGUUCGCCAAAUAACACCACUCCAAAGUCUUCGCCAAUACCAAAACCCCAGCAGAAACCACAAGAAGAUGAGCAUACAGCUCAAAGAAUCUUCAAUAUAUUAGCAGAAUAUGCUGAACAGUUACGAAAUUCCCCAGACUUGAAUAACAAGCCUGCACCACGAAGAAGAUCAAAUCCACCUACGAAUCCUAGUCAAAACUCUAAAAGGAAGAAAAGUUCCUCUGGUGUUAAGAAAAGUGGUAAUUCUAGUAAUUCUUUAGAAAUGGAUGUUGACGAUAUUACCAUGGGUAGUGAAGACAGCUCCGGGGGAGGUAUGGUACAACUUUCAGUAACAGAUGACGAACAGUCACAAGCCGCUACAAUCAAUACGACAGAGUCCAGUGAUAACUCAAGUCCGCCUAGUUCCAGACCGCUUAUUUUGACUGAAAGUGGAACAUGUGGCACCCCGUCUCGUAACCUCAUCAUUGCUGAUUCAAGUGUUGGAGAAUCACUGAAGAUUCCAAAUACAACAGUUAUUAUGCCUGGUAGCUACAUUGUGCCCGUCUCUAUGGUUAAAGGAGGCCAGCAAAUAGCUGUCGUGUCGGGAGGGAGUAAGAUUCUUGCUACAGUUCCAGCCAGAUCCGGCCAAAACAUGCUGCUAUUUCAAAGUUUCACCAACCAACAUAGGAAAGGAGCCAUCUCGGCUGUGAAAUACUCUACCAUUCAACCAAUUUCUGGCAUUUCUUCACAAAGUUUAGCUGGAGUGAGUGCUCAGCCUCCUGUGAUUCUGCCAUCAAAUUCUGUUGCUACCGCAGUAGCACUAGGUCAGCCUUUGACAUUGAAGAAACUUGGAGAUGACCGAGAUAGCAACGAACUACUCUUAACAAUAUCCCCUAAGAAAGACGAAUCAAAAGAUUCAAAUGAUAUUCCACAACCUGAUAGUAGCACAAGCAUUUCCAGUGAUAGUAUUGAUAUUAAAAUAGAACCAGAUAUUAAAAUCGAGUCAGACGAUUCUAGAGAAAGAAUCUAUCAUCAGACAUACCAAAAAUCUGUAAUAACAAAUUCUGUAGGCACAUCUGUUAUAGCCACAACUUCUGCUGCAUGUGUCAAAGACGAAAGCUCUUCCCAAAAUAUAAUAAAUAUUAUCCCCACAGAUAUUAGAGCUGAAUCCAAAUCUGGUGAAAGAAUACAGUCAGUUUUGGUGACAGCGUGUUCUUCUAAUGGACCUAUGUUGUCACAUAUCAUUCCACGAUAUAGGAAACCAUCAGAUACUGGAAGAACAAAUAAUAAUGAUUUGCCAAAUAAAGAAGAAUUUUUGCACAAUGGAGAAAAGACGAAUGGUGAUCAGAAAAAUUUCAGAACAAAUGCUACCUAUUAUGUUAACAAGAUGAAAAAAGUUAACUUGGAUUCUCAAAAACUUGACAGUGAAAUGCAAAAGCAAGCUGCGAUAGAGAGGGAGCUAAGGCUCCAGAAAUCCCUUUCUGAGGAAUGUGAGGAUUUGGGUGUAGAUGAGCCAAGCACUAGUGAUUUGUUUCCGGAAGCAGAUUUACUCUUCGAUUCAAAUCAUUCUCCAUCAUUUGAUCAAACAUCUCAAGACAUUAUCAAAAGGGCUCCUCAGAGUGGUGAUGUUAAAGAGGAAGUGAAAGAAACAAUGAACCUGUUCAGCGAUGAUGAAAAUUCAAGUUCACUUCGCACAGAUUUGUUUGAAUACGUAGAGUAUCAGACUGUUGAAACAGCUUUAGCAAGGCAGCUGAUGAAUGGAAACAAUAGUGCCGAAUCAGGUUCUUCUGGUUGUGAAGACAAUACCCUUUUAGCAAAGUGUGCUACAAUGUCAGAAGUUACUCUGAACUCGCCAAUUUCUCCUGAGGUAUACCAAGAAAGCAGUUUGCAUAAAUAUAAAUUCAAAUAUAGUAAUAGGAAGAAAGGUGAAAAAAUCAAGCAAAGUGACUUUGGUGGAGAAGUCGUUUCCAGUUCUGAAGAUACACUGGGCAGUGCUGAUUUGAGUCGACUUAACUGUGAAGAAGAUAGUUUCAAAGUAGUACAUGUGGCUAUAACUAAAACAGACAUCGUGAAGGAAGGAGAGACAUGCGAAUUGCACUGUGAUGAAGAUUUAGAUUCUCCAAGUGGUAGAGGAGCUAGAAGAAGUGUAAGAAAACUGUGUUCUUGUUGUAACGGUUCACAAGAUGGUAACAUAGCAAAAAAACGACCUCAGACUUCCAGACCUCAUACACCGGCGGUUCCGCACAAGAAAGCCUUUCUUAACAAGAAAAGAUAGUGCACCUUUACAUUUUAGGCAGUUUUAAUUGUUGGUUGUUUUUGUUAAAGAGUUGGGUCGCUAGUCACACUCUAGUACAAAUAUCUGUAUUAACAGCCGGUGUGUUAGUCUGAGAGACUUGUAUAGUAAUUGCUACGUUUGCAAUCUUUUAGUACCUCUAUUUGUAAAUUUUCCUCGUAUAUGUAAAAUAUUUAAAUUAUAUGUGCAGUUUGUCGUUGUAUAUAACUAAUUUAAUAGAUAAUUUAUUACAUAUGAACGGACUUGGUCUGUCACCUAAGCAUUAUGCUGCUCUUUCAUUGAAAAUGCAAUAAGUUACACAUCUAAGUAUGUGUUCUUCACUAUAAAAAUAUUAAUGUAACUCCAUUACUUCAUUAGUUCAUGGAAGAAUCCAUCUUACAUCCAAAAAUAUUUAUACUACUCCGUGUUAGGAAUCACACGUUAAAAGGUAAGAUCUCGUUAGUC